AUGCCAGCCCUACCUCAAGAGCUUGUGGACUACAUCAUUGAUUAUCUCUGGGAUGAGCCUUUGCUGCUUGCUAAGUGUUGCCUAGUCUGCCGUGCCUGGUACUCUGCUGCAAAAUACCACCUACCUAGAGAGGUGGUUGUACAGAACACUGCAUCUCUGGGGGCAUUUGUGCACAUGCUGGUGUCUAAGGAAAAUAGGAGAUACUGCCGGAUCGUGCAAACACUGGAUGUCUAUGAGAGCUCUGAGAGGCCUUUUGUGCAUACCCUCCCCUUGCGUGUUAGAGGGUAUUUUAUGCCCAGGCUGCAAAAUCUGAGACUGCAUGGGAUUACCUGGAAGGCUGUCCAGCCCCAUGUGCUGUUUUUCAGGUUCCUGUCAUACUUUAGAUCUGUCCUGGACCUUUCCCUCACAAAGUGUCAUCUGAAGAGGGCUGAGCUACUCCAGAGGAUAAUCAAUGCAUUACCUCAGCUCAAAAGGCUC